AUGGAGCGUGGUACGCGCAUGGAGCUCCCCCCGCCGCCACCUGCCGCCGGCUCAGAUGGCAUCGCCAACCAUGAUUACGACGAGAGCGGCAAUGAGAACGAUGACGAGGCUUUCCAUUCGAAAGUGUCGGAUGAGCAGCGAUUGAAGCUCCAGGACCUCAACAAGUUGUUGGACAUUUCCGUGGAGCACAAGGGGCAGCAAAUUGUGGUCGUGGGGGACACGUCUGCGGGCAAGUCCACAACAAUCAACUUUUUGCUGGGCUACCCGUUCAACUUCGUUGCGAGGGGCAUUGGAACUCGCCGGCCAUGCGUCAUGACCUUGACCAAACACCCGGACUACGACUUGGUGCACUUCAAGGUUAAGUUCGAGAAGAACGAUUACAAGAAGGAGGAGUUCUGCACCUGCCUUCAAGAUGUUGUGGAGCUCCUUGCAGACGUGAACGACCCGAGGAUUCAUCCCGAGUGGUUUGAUUGUUUGGAGGAUGAGAAAUUGAAAGUCGAUCCAGAAGAUGCGUUUGACCAGACACCAGUCUUUGUCGAGUUGUUGCACAGCGGGAUCGAGGUCCCCAGGCGUUUGGUUGAUGUUCCAGGUCUGAGCCGGAACCAUGACCGCACGCUGCAGAUUGCUGCAAACUAUAUCCGGCCUGAAAACAUCGUCAUCCUGGUUGUCGGCAAGGACCACGUGAACAACGGUGGUUUCCCCAACCUCGCUGCAGCCAUGAGGGUCUGCCCGCACACGAUCGUGGUGCAGAACUUCGCCACCACAGUAUUGAAGGACAACCAGGCCCAGGACAACAUGAAGACCAUUUCGGACAAGAUGGGGAAUGGAAAGGACUUGGUGAUGCAUUGCGUAGACUACGGCUUGCCGCAUGGGUCCCAAUAUUGGAAAGAAGGACUCGACCAGCCCGACUGGGAGGGGAUCCACAACAGCGAAGGCCUUCAGAAAGUGCAGCGAAGAAUGAAGAGGCAUGCGAGACAGACAGGCCAGAACUUCAACUCCGACCGACUGGUGGCAGGCCUCACACAGGUUCACACGAAAUUGAAUGAAUUUCAGUUCCGAGACAUCGAUGGACAGAUCACCUUCUUACGGCAUGAGCUGGAAAGUCAAAUCAAAGCGAAGGAGCUAGAGAUGACCCAUGCUGAAGCGCGCGUGAAGCAGCUGCAUUUCCCACCCGAGUGGGAUAGCAUGAUCGCUUCCUUCGCGACGGCAUGCACUAUGUACUUGGAUUCGACCAUCAGCGCGACGGAUGGGGUCCCAGCCGAGGCAGAAGCCACGGGUGGCUCUGCACUGGCCGCGCUUUGUGCAUCGCUUGAUGAAGUCAAGCCAGCAGGACAGACUUCAGGGAACGACGCGCAAGACCAAGGGGCGAAGGCCGAGCUCGCUUGGUUUGAUGAGAAGCUUGACGAAAAGGUGAUACACCUGUUGACCAAGUACUGCGGCUUCGAGUCGAAGCUGAAGCUUGGCUGCAUCCGCAGCUGGCAGCGCCUUAUCGACGAGUUCACUGGAAUGCUAGCCUUCGCGCCCAUGCCUUGUGUGCACCAGGCGAAGAAGAGCCACGUGCAGGGGCAGGUUGGCAGUGGAAGGGCAGGCACGCUCAAUUUCAACGAGGAGACCGUCAAGCUCGUCGUUGAACUUGGCGGGCGCGAGGGUCUUGUUCGUCCUCAGCUGAAGCAGUUGCAACGACGCUUGCAGCGGCUGGUGCAGCGCGACUAUGCCAGCGCAGUCCACACUCUGGAAGCACACUGCCGUGCCGAGUUGAACGAGUUCCUCAGUUUGGUGAACUCGAACUCGGAGGACGAGCAGGCAUCCGACGUUGGAGAGUUUGUGGAUGCCGGUCCAAUGGCCCGCCGGCAGGAGCCAACAACUACGAGCAUGAUCUUGUCAUGCGUGAAGGAGGCUUUGCUCGAGCAUGCCAAGUCAGAGAUUUCAUUGGAGCUGGAGGGUUCGGCGGAGAAGGACGACAGCGGAGCCCCUAUCUGGGAUGACGUGAUCAAGAAACACCAGAAGCGGCUGAAAUCUGGCAUGAUGGUUCGAGAGGGUGAGAACACACUGAAACCAGCGGCCUUGCACUGGAUGCUGCCUUUCAAGUUCAACAAUGGAGGGCAAAUGAGCCUUCGCAAACUGCGCUUCGAGAACUCCGACAAGGAUUCGGCCUGGGGCAUCUGGCCGUUUGCGAGGUCAACUCCGACAUUUCCCAAUACCGUCGACCGUGCCCCGACCGCCAUCAGGUUGGCUGGCACAAGGAGCUGCUUGAGGAGAUAA